CACUCACAACCUUUCACCAUUACUUCCCAAAGCAAAACAGACUUUUUAGCGCUUGCUUCUCGGACUCUCCAGAGGAAGCGUGUCGUUGCUGCUGUGGUUGGCAUCGUCAUGGUGUUAGCGCUUAUCAUAGCGAUACCGCUGCUGGUCCAAGCAUCCAAGACGGAUGCACACUACGAGAUGAUGGGCACCUGUCGGAUGAUAUGUGAUCCAUACAACCCCAAACCCAGCGCCAAUGCUCUGGAAGUCAUGCAGGACCUGAGCGCCAUCCCAUCCCCGGCGUUCUCGCAUGGGACUAAAGGCGAUCCGGGUCGGCCGGGGAAACCCGGACCGAGAGGUCCGCCAGGCGAACCGGGUCCACCCGGUCCAAGAGGACCGCCGGGGGACAGGGGGAACUCAGGGAAACCGGCUUUUCCCGGCCUUACCACGGGGGAGUCGGCUAAGGGGACUGUGAGUAGUGCCAGGACAAAGAAUGGCGAGGACCGAGACUCCGCAAUUGGUGGCACAAAAAUCGCAUUUUACUUGGGUCUGAAAAACCCCCACGAGGGAUACGAGGUGCUAAGGUUCGACGACGUGGUGACAAACCUGGGGAACCAUUACGACCCGUCUACCGGCAAGUUCACGUGUCAAGUGUCCGGGAUCUACUACUUUACAUACCAUGUGUUAAUGCGCGGAGGCGACGGGACCAGCAUGUGGGCAGAUUUGUGCAAAAACGGACAGGUAGGCUAUACCUUAUAUUACGCAAUUAUAUUUCCUCUUAUGCAAAGUCAACAUGAUAUGCUAUACACUUCUGUAAUUGAAGGAGAGCGGCCACAUCCACUGUGCAUUGACCCAGAUUGAUCUUGGAUAGUUAUUACGCGCAGAAAGCGCUUGUCUCUCCAAAACGGCAUCUGCUCCGUGCACUUAAUCUCACUCAGUGAGUUCAGUCAGUGAAUUAAUAGGCUUAUGCCACUUUAUUUGCCAGCAAAGACAAACUAAUCGCUCGGUGGUUUUAACAAGACCUUUGUCGUCUACUGUAGCGGUCAGCCCUACCCUGGUCAGCCACCUGGAGCGGUUUGAGCUGUGUAGCCUAUACACAUUGCCAACAUAAACAAACAAGAAAUCCUUUAUUAGUUUGGUAGGUUCAAAGUGGUGAAUCUAUAAUGUUUUAGCAUUGGGUCAAGGGUGGGCACGAGUCAGUCAGUAGCCUAUUAAUUAAUGUUGCAAAGUCCUUCACUACUCUAAUAAUGUAUCUUAUCCGCAGGUCCGCGCCAGUGCGAUAGCCCAAGACGCAGACCAGAACUAUGACUACGCCAGCAACAGUGUAGUGCUUCAUCUAGACUCCGGGGACGAGAUCUACAUCAAGCUGGACGGAGGCAAGGCGCAUGGGGGAAACAACAACAAGUACAGCACGUUUUCCGGUUUCAUUUUGUAUCCGGACUAAACCUAGACAUGCAGGGAUGUGAACUACAUUAUUAGACUCUAUCAUACCUAGAGCAAGAUGCCCGUUGUCCGGGCGCCCCUGUAAGCGGCUGUGCGUCAUUUGUUUGUAUUUGUGGGGUUUGGGGAGCCAAGAUAUGCCAUCCGCCCGUAUACAGAAGACAUUUCCGUGUGAUGUGGUAUAUUUUGCUUGAAAAUCUGUCUGUUUCCACUCAAGAUAUAUAGCCUAUUAAGAUAUAUAUGUAUCAAAAAUAAGCAACAAAGAUGAAAGUAAGGAGUCAGAUGUCAUAUUUAUUGUUCCACCAAUGUCCGUAUGUUACAAAAAUGUUUUAUGUCUUAUAGUAGCUUAUUCCAGUACACUACGUC